AGCCUCACUUCCGGCGCGGGCGCUAAGAUGGCGACGCCCAUGCACCGGCUGAUCGCGCGCAGGCAGGCGGAGGCAAACAAGCAGCAUGUGAGGUGUCAGAAGUGUUUAGAGUUUGGCCACUGGACAUAUGAAUGUAAAGGGAAGAGAAAAUACCUGCACAGGCCUUCAAGGACAGCUCAGCUGGCCAAAAUCCUUAAGGAGAAAGAAAAGCAACUCCUGCUGCAGCAGAGUGCUGGAGAAAGUGCUGCAGAAAAGAAAACCAAGAAAAAAAGGUCCAAGAGUGUGACCAGCUCCAGCAGCAGCAGCAGUGACAGCUCAGCCAGUGACUCCUCCUCUGACAGCGAGGACUCCUCUACCUCCUCCUCCUCCUCGUCCUCCUCCUCAGACAGUGACAGUGAGGACAGCAGCUCCUCCUCCUCCUCCCCCUCCUCCAGCAGCUCCUCCUCUGACUUCGAGUCGGAUUCCAGCUCCUCCAGCAGCAGCAGCAGCAGCAGCAGCACAGACAGCAGCUCUGAGGACGAGCCCCCGAAGAAGAAGAAGAAGAAAUAGCUGGGGAGGUGCAGGACUGGUGUGGAGCAAGGGACACUGCCCUGCCAGGGGCUGGAGCACACGGCUGCCAAAUGCUCCAUUUCAGCUUUUCUACUGCUCACAUUUCUAAGUGUUCUGCAUAGUUGUUCAUAGGACAUGGAAGGUAUUAAAUGGCACGUGAGACUUACUGAGAGAGUAUUUUUGUGGUUUAUCCUUUUAUGGAAGAUUAUACUUUUUUAGUUCCUGAAAAGAAAAAAUAUAUCAUCAGAUUUGUUUAUAUGAGCUAAAGUCCAGUAACCUGGAUGUUUACAUGCUGGAAAGCAAAAGCUUUUUGUUGUAGAUUAUGCUGUGCAUCAUGUGCUGUUCCUCUGUUAAUGACAGUUUCACUUCCAUUGAGAAAAAUCCUCUAAACUGUUAAAAGCAGAAGUUUUUCAGUGCUGCUGUGGAGCUCUGGCAUUGUUGAACCUGAAUGCACAACGUGUCCCACGCAGAGCCUCCCAUCUGGCUGUGACAGACGGGUUCUGUGAUGCUGAGCUUGUGUUCCAGUGGCUUCUCCUGAUGCUUCCAGCUCGAGUCUUAACUGCAGCAGCCAGCUGAGCUGUGUUGAUUUGUCCCUGAGCAGUGUCGUGUUGUCCUGCCCACAGGGCUCUUCCCUCCCCCUGUCCUUGGCUGCUUGUUGGAGGUGUUUGCUGAGACACAGGGUUGGUGUUGGAGAGCAGCAGCUCAGUGAACCGGGGCUGCUGCUGCUUUAGGAGUUUCAUCUUUGUGCCUUUUUUUUUUGUAAAUUCAGUGUACCCCAGCGAGACAAGGGCUGGAGUGGGUGUUCUGCAGAACUCCAUCAGAAUAUUCCCAUCCCUAAUAGGGUCAGCAAAAGCAGAGAAAUAAUAACAAACAGAACUGGGCACUGUCUCCACUGGAUGCUCAGUAAAGAAGAGACUCCUUGAAGUAAAGGUCUCAGAGGAAAGCAUUUCCCAAGGAAUGUGUGAAAUGCAGGAUUGCCAAGUGAGUGCAAACCCCACAAACCCAACAAAAGCAGAUCCCAGCACGCUGCAGAACAGGGAUUGCUGGAUGCAGAGUGGGAAUUAUUUGGUUUUCUGGUGGAUUGAAGCAGUUGCUGUUAGUAUUUUAUUUGGUGAUGCUGAAUUUCUAACUGUUGGAGUGCCCUUUUGGGGAGGGGGCAUCACUUGUGGAAGAAUUCUCAAGUUAUCUUGGUUUAGGUUAAAUACAGUAACUAAACUAUUUUUUAUAUUUUUAUGAAAAUAGUAGUGUGUAGACUUACUUUGGAAUAAACUGUAUUUAUUUAAAUGUUUGAAAAUACCCAUGUUGUGUGUCUGUUUUGUGACCACUCCUGUGUUUUACAGACCAUGCUGCAGGCUGUAAAUAAAACUACCAGAAAGGUGUUCAAGUC